AUGGGCGCUGAAGAUGGAACAGUGUGGCUGUAUGAUCUCAUGUCGGGCAAGAUGCAAAACUUGCUUGUACGCUGUGCUUUGCCGGUGAGAGACAUCGCGGUGACCAGAGAUGGAGAAUGGGUUGCCGUUGCGAGCGAUGAACUCACGGUCAAGAUGGUGAAAGUCGAGGAUAUGACCCAAGUGAAAUACCUGCGGGAACAAUCCAAGGGAACGAAGCACGUCUCAUUCGAUCCCAGCAGCCGCUAUGCGACAGUCUCAGGCACAGAUGGGAUUCUCUACAUUUAUUCUCUGGAAGAAGAGGAACCACAGAUGGUCCGCAAACUGGAUGGAGCGAUCCAACGAUUAGAGGCGGAUUCUGAGGCGACAUCCAAAGCAGUGUGGCACCCCGAUGGCACAGCAUUCGCCGCCGCAGAAGCGACCAGAGACAUCGCCAUAUACUCGACCUCGGGAUGGAAAAAGGAAAAGACCUUUGCAGGGGGGCACACUGGAGACAUCACGGUCAUGAGUUGGGCCCCCAACGGGUCCCUCUUGGCAUCUGCAGGAGCUGAUGGAUACAUCGUACUUUGGGAGGCCAAGACACAAAAGAUCUUGCAACGAUUCGACUUUGGAAACGUCAUUAAUCUAGCCUGGCACCCGUCCAAGAACUCGGUUUCCUUUACGACUUCGGAUGGAGAGCUCUUCAUUUACGAUAACUUUGUACCAAAGGAUCACGAGGCGCAAUUGCAGAAGCCGCUUCAGGCAGCUCCUAUUCUCCCCGAGCCUCUUGGGGAGAUCUCGAACAAUGUAGGACGCACGACACUAGCGGACCGGUCGAAGGAGGCCAUUCAGCGGGCGGCGCGGAGAGGUAGCCCCGACUCACUGGAUGAUAUUCUCGGGGGAGACGAUGAUAUGAUGGACUUUGUCGAUGAUGACGAUGGAGCUGGCUACGCCGAUGACCAGAUCAAUGCAUUUGGAAAACGACCAAACGGUCAUCUCGACGAUAUCGGUGCUGAUGUCAAGCGCAUGCACUCGAGCCUGCCACUCAAAGCUCACCCCCCUAUCCAGCCCGGCAGCACCCCCUGGGCUGGAAGCAGAAGAUAUCUCUGCCUCAACCUCACUGGAGCUGUCUGGACGGUGGACCAGGAAACACACCACACAGUCACUGUGGAGUUCUAUGACCGUGAAGCUCAUCGGGAUUUCCACUUCACUGAUCCAUAUAUGUAUGACAAGGCUUGUCUCAAUGAUAAUGGCACCUUGUUCGCCAACAGCCCUUCCGACGGUAGCCCUGCCACUAUCUUCUACCGACCACAUGAAACGUGGACCACACGAGCGGAUUGGCGGACUCAAUUACCAGAAGGCGAGCAAGUCCGAGCUCUUGCCCUGAGCGAUUCAUACAUCGUCGCCGUGACAUCCAAGGACUACGUUCGCGUAUACACUCUAUUCGGAACUCCCUUCAAGGUAUAUCGACAAAAGAGCCAGGCUGUCACCUGUGCAGCCUGGCGUAAUUACAUUAUGAGCAUCGGAAACGGCCCCGUCGGCCCUGAUGGGCGCCACACGACAUUACGAUACACGGUGGAGAAUGUCAAGCGAGAUGAAAUCUGCCAAAACGAGGACACCGUUGCCCUGCCGGAGGGGGCGACGCUGCAGAGUGUGUUCUUUUCUGAUAAUGGGGAUCCUUGCAUUUACGACUCAACGGGUGUUUUACUUGUUCUUCAAGGCUGGCGCACUCCAGGACAAGCCCGAUGGGUACCUCUGCUCGACACCAAGCAGAUGGCUCGUCUCGCAGGUGGACGAAAAGAAGAAACAUAUUGGCCCGUGGCCGUCGCCCAAGACAAGUUCCACUGCAUCAUUCUGAAGGGUGGUGACAAGAACCCCUACUUCCCCCGGCCCCUGCUGAGUGAAUUCGACUUCCAAAUCCCACUCUCCAGUGCGGCCGUGGACACCGAAAGCGAGGACACGGCCGCCGAGGGAGCACGUUUCGAAGAAUCAUUCGUUCGGGGUAAUGUGCUCUUGACCCUAUUCCGUGAUCUUCUCGCCUCUACGAAUGCCACCGCCAGUCAACGGUCCGACCUGGCGCGCCGGGAACUCGACCUGGAUAAAAAUCUGCUACAGAUGCUGGCCAUUGAAUGCAGAGAGGGUGAAGAGCGCGGUAUGAAGGCGCUCGAACUCGUGGCUUUAAUGUCAGAUCGAAAUGGGAAGAUGCUUGAGGCCGCCGCCAAGGUUGCGCAGCGGUAUGGCCGGGGUGUGUUGGAGGACAAGAUUCGAGAUCUGGCUGAGCGGCGGGUGAUGGGCAUGGGAGAUGAUGAUGAAUUGGCUUAG